AUGCGAGACCUCCACUACUUCGAGCAUUCACCAUCUCUAGACGCAACAAUCCAAUCACAGCAAACAUCUCCAUUACUGCCAAAAACCGAUCCGGAGACAUCCCAAAAUGAGCCUCCAUCAUCAUCAUCAUCAUCAUCAUCAAAAUUGCCAGAAGGCUACCUAGCUCUCCCAACCUCUUUCCUAGCUUCCUUCGCAAUAGCAGUCACCGCAGCCUCAACAGUAUACGCCUACGCACACAUUGUGUGUGAAGAUGCCACGCACUGCUCAGACUCGGAAAAAGCAGCCUACACAUCCGCAGUAGCUUUGGCAACAACUCUAGCCAAUCUCUUCUCUCUCACCGCCAUGGGGAUAUAUGAGAGACUUCCAACUCGCGGAGCCUUGACUCUCUGGAUGAUCCUGCGGGGAGGGAGUGUGGUGGUUCUUACAGCGGGUGUGUUUCGUCGAAGUAUACCCCUGGCUCUCGCGGCUCGCGUUCUGGAAGGUCUCGCUACGGAUAAUGUUCUGCAUUUGACCCUUAAUGCUCUUUAUGCUCGUUCCAAGGACCAGCAUAAUGUUGGGAGACUGAUGUCUGUUUCCUUGGCUUUGUACAUGGGCGGAAUGGCCCUGAGUCCGGCUCUGGCGGCGCUUCUGACAGAUUUCCGGAUUUCCUUUGGGAUUGCGAUUGGGAUUUUCGCUUUGACUAUAAUAUACCUCGCCAUUGUCGGUCCAUUGGAAAACGGCAAGAGAAAAGAACCAGCGUCAUCGGAGGAUGGCUCUCCUCCUGCUCCAACCAGAAGGCUGAAAGAAUUAACCAAACCAAUCGUGAAUCUCGUCAGCGACAGAACACUGCUGAUGUACGGAACAUCAAUGCUCCUCUACAACGCAGCAGUAUCAUACAUGUUCCCCGCAUUAAUGAUCCACGCAACCUUACAAUUCGGCUUCUCCUCAGCAACCAACGGUCUCUUGAUUUCCGUAGCGGCAGGCUCAUCAUCCAUGUAUCUAUUACUCUCAGCGGCAAUCUCUACUCCAGCUCGGAAUGCCCCCAGUGCCGUGGCGUCGCUCCUCGUGCUGAUGGCGGCCAUGUGUGGACUUGCUGCCGUUCCUGUCGGAUGGGCGCUGUUUCCUGGAGUGGCUGUCGCGGCUUUUGGAUUGGCGACGCCGUCGUUUAUCAAGGCGCAUAUGAUACAGCGUCGGCCUCGGCAUUCGGCCGCUGUGGCGGCGAUUGCCGUGGCGGAGGGUUUGGGUAGUUUGCUUGCGGCGCCGAUUUUGGGGGGUUGGCAGGUUGUGUAUCCUGGAGGGAGUGUUUUGUUUGUUUCUGCGGGUUUGAUUGCUGCGUCGACGGUUAGUUUUCUUGCGGUUUGUGCGAUUGAAUAG